GUCUUCUAUACAAGGUCUGCAAUGAAUAUGUGUUGACCACUUAACUUUUUCCUUUAAUUAAUACUCUCAUAGUUAUGUAAUUAUUUUGGUUUCAGAUACCACAUGAUCCUGCAAAUACUCUUAACCCUCACAGACAUCAGGGCAGAGAUUAAUAUUAUUUUAGUAUUAAUCUUUUAGAGACUAACUAUUUGAGGCAUGAGAAAUAUGUCAUACUUCAACACUAUGCCAACUACAGUUGGUCACAGUGUGAUCAUCGCUUUAUCGGCUCAUUUUGCUGGAAGAUCUGUAUACUAACAGAUGAUUGAUGAAGCGGACUACAAUAUGCAAAAAGGGGGGGAUUCCUUUGAAUAAAACUGUAGCCCGUCAAACAGACAGUUUGCAGCACUCUGUCAAACUGAGCUUCAUGGCAUAACAGAGUUAUGGGUGAUACAGGUGGGUGAAAUCAUUCAACCACUAAGUACAUCAAAACAAUUAUAACCAGUUUUAGGUAGAGUAUAAAUGACCAAAAUUAAUUAUACCCUAUAUCUACUUUUAGUGACCUAAAUGAGCUGACAGUGCAUUAGCUAGUUGGACCAAACACUUGCAUAUGCUGACGUAAAAAUGUCAGUUGUGUUAUUGAAGAGAUACAAUAAAGUGAUUAGAAAUAAAGUCGCAAUGAAACAGAAUUAGCAACAGAUAUUUUCUUACAUUUUGUGUGACGUAUAUCCAAGUGUUAUGGAUCAUCAAAAAAGAAAUGAAUGUGAGGACUUGGUUCUAUGCAUUGGUUGUUGAUUGGAUUUGAAAAUGUGGGCACUCAACAAUGGAGGCAGAUGAAUGUAAAUUUGCAGGUGCAGAGUUUAAGCGGACUAAAUGAUUGGAAAAGUCCUGCAUAUGUGACCAGAGAGAAGUCUGUCAUUCGUUUCACCAGCAAAUUGAGUUAUAUUUUGUUAAAUGAAAGUAUGUGUAGAAUUUGUUUUGCAAUAAAUAAAUAAAAAAGUGAAUUUUAAUUAAAAAUGACCAGGUCAAAAAACGUGCAUAGAUGAAUCGUUUGCAAUGAGACCGAAUAACAUGCAUUUACAAAUUUGACAAGGUGAAUUUUCAUUUCACCCAGAAUUUUAACUGACAUUUUCAUGAACCAGCAGCGGACCGAGUGACCACUGUUUGGGAAGUAUUGCACGUCUGCAGAUGCUCUACAUCCACGUGGUAAGGCACCAGUUUAGCCGGACUAUUUUCUCAACAGAGGUUGAUGGACCCUUAAUGGCUCAAAAGCAGCACGAGUGAUGAUCUGUGUUCUUUUUGUUCUUUAACAACUGAAGAAUGAAAGCAAAAAAGCAAAAAAGGCAAGGUGAUUUCCAGAAAGUUCAGCUCAAGGUUGGCAAAAAGAAGCCAAAAGCAGACAAUGCAACAAACGUCAACUUCAGAUCAAAAGCUAUCCAUUUACCAGAGCAGCUUAAGCAUGCGGAUUCAGGGCCAACAACGCACAGGCAACUUGACAUUAAGGAUCUGUUGUCCAAGCUACACCACAUCAACAGUAACAUAAAGCAGGGAGCUCUGGUGGGUUUGAGGGAGUUGCUGUCAGCUCAACCUUCUAUGAUUGAGCUGCAUGCAUCAGCGGUACUAUCUGAGGUGGCGGCACUCUUCACUGACAAAGACGGCUCUGUGCGAGCAGCUGCAGUGCGUCUGCUGCGUUUCAUCACUCAGUGUAUCCCCGCCGAACGGGUGGUUCCCUUCUUCCCCCUGCUCAGUGCUCACCUCACUUGUGCCAUGACCCACAUCUCAGAAGCCAUCCAGGAAGAUGCUCUCCGGGUCCUGGAUGUGGUGCUGGAGCACUAUCCUGGACUUCUCUCUCAGAGACAUACGGUGCUUCUGACAAAUUUUCUAGAACUCAUUUCCCAAAAGCGAAAAGCUGCAACAGGGCAGGAUAAAUCUGGGAAAGGGGGCUUUGCUCUGACUAUCAGUACAAAUCGCUCUGUAACAGCACAGCAAUGGAGACUGACUGUGCUGCUCAGGUUGGGCAGUUUUCUGCAGGCAGUUGUUGAGGAAAGACCUCUGGAUGAAGGUGUGACCAGCAGCAUUGGCCUUGGAAUGUGGGCUGGAGAGAAAGGCUCGGUGACCUCUGUGGAUGUGAGUUGGGAGGAGCAUGUCUUUGGGAAGGGCAGGAUCCAAGUGUUUGAAAAUUCUGGAGCCGUUCCCACCCCACACUCUGCUUAUCGGCUAAGGCCGGACUCUAAGGCAGGGGCUGGAAUGAAUAAGGAACUCUGCUCGGCUGAGACCGUGCAGGGCUUUGCAGGAACUCUGGUGCCUUUGUUGCUGGAGAUCUGGGUGGAGGCGGCAGGUGGAGAUCAUGUGCAGACAGACAGUGGCCACCUGCUCUCAGCAGAGGCCAUGGCUCUUAUGUUCCAGAUCCUCACCAUACUGCAGUUACUGAGAAGAGUUUCCCCGCAUAGAGACCAACAGGACAUACUGGAUGCCUGGUUCCGGAAUUCAUACCUGACAGAUUUCAAACACCACUUCAUGAAGAACUUCCCCUAUGGCCUGCUGGAGGUGGCAAGACACAAGAAGAAGGCUGAUGGAAAGAGGAUUAGGCAGCAGGUAGCAGCUGGGACGGUUGCUGGCGGCAACGUGGAACCAUUGGCCCUAAACGUGACAUUGUGCCAAGUUAUGGUGACACUCAGUCUUAGGGGCCAGGAUCACGUAGAAGCCGAAGAUGCUGACUGGCUCCGACCAAUCAGGGUAUUUAUUAGGGAGACAUUGUCCAAUGAGGGCAAGCUGAGCUCAAAGCACCUGGCAGCCUUACUGGAGGUGGUGUGGAGGAUGAUUGUCACCCAGCGCAGCCGCGUGGUGACAGACGAUCUCCUGCAGGCUGUGUAUGUGCAGUACCAGCAGAGGAACUUGGCUGUGAGUGUCCGCUCUCUGCUGCUGCGCUUUUUCAGUCAGCUCUACAUUCAAGAGCAUCAGAAUCACCCUCAUAUUGCCCGGAGCAGGAUUCUGGCACGCUGGCUGGCGUCACUGCCAGUGCAGUUGGUUCAGCUUGGCAGCAGGAAUCCUCAGCUCUCAGCACAACUGCUAGAGACGAUCCAUCCAGCUGCCGCGAGGGGCAAUAAAGACCUUCUGCAGAGUCUUCAGAAAAAUGCCUGCAGUAUUUAUGAUCCACAGGAGGGCUGUGUGGUGGUGUUGCCUGUGGAGUCCCAGAAGAGGCUGGUUCAGAUUCUCCAUUUCCUGCCAGCAUUUCCCGCAGAGCUUCUGGCAUGUCUCAGUCAGGUCUGCAACACUGGGAGAGUGUCGGCUAGCCUGGCCACCAUGCUAAUACGCACCAUACACCUGAGGUCUCCUCUGUGUGGCUGGUCGAGCAGUUCACAGGAUGUGCCGGUGAAAGAUGUAGAUUACCUCAGUUUCUUUUUCACCACACUAACAGGUUUCUCCUCUGAGAUGCUGCAGGCCCUUCAGGACACAGAUGAAGACUGCCUGUUGCCCUCCUCCAUACUCUCGCCCCUCAGCGUAUUUGCUACCACCCUGGAGCAGUUCCUACACCACUGGGAUAUAGUGGAGGAGGUGUGCCACUGCCUGGACUCUCUAGGAUCUCGUGCACAGUGUUUUGAUGUGAUACAGAACGCCAUCAUUAAGAAUCUGUGUGGACUCGUGGUGGUGCCAGACUGUGUGUGUGCAGCAAUUUUAAGGUGUGUUUCCCGGUUACUGGAUGUCAACUUCCUGCCCAGCGACACACUCCUCCACUUCCUGUCUGACUGUUGCCUGAGCAUGCUCAAUCUGCUGCUACAACUGGAGGAGAGCGCCCACAAGAGGGAUGCCGUGUGGGAGGCAUGUUUUGCCGCCUUGAGCACGGUACCGAGGCUGCUGCGAUUGGUCUUGCAGUCUUUUUGCGUGUGUGACCUUUGUGAGGAAGAGCUCCCCGUGUUGGCACAGAUCCUGUCAUUACUUCUUCAGCAUACUCAAUUACGCAACCACAUGAUGGCCAACGCCAGUCUACUGCAACAUAUCAUACAAGACUUAACGCAUUUCUAUGGUGGAGAGACUCGAGAGCAGUGGCUGACUGACUUGCUGUACUGCUACAGUGUGACUCUGUCUGGUCACCGGGCCAACAUGGGCAUGAGCGACAUCUAUUAAUCACUGACUGUUAUAGUGUUCAUUGCUACAACAUUUUUUUGUUCUUUCUUCCAGUUCAGUCAUUUUGUACAAAAUAAAGA